AUUCAUCUCAGAUGGCAAACCAUUUCGAAAUCAAGAAUUUUUUUUUAGUUCAAUAUUUGUUGGAAUUGACACUUUAGAUCCAGAUAGAUCGUAUCUUGUAAAUUUGAAAUUCUUUCUUUUGUAUUCUUUAAUGACCAACAAUUGGAUUUCUUAAUUAAAUAAUGAGAACUAGCCAAUUUAUCUUUUGCCAGUCAUUUUUUUUUAUCAUCGUAAUAUCUUUCCCUCAAUUAUUCUAUUCCUGACUAUGGGUAAUCAGUGAAAUUUUUCGAAAUAUUGGAUAUUUUGAUAGCAAAGGAGUUCUUUCGUCUCAAAAUCUGAAUAAUAUUCAUUACUUAAAGUGGUUCUUUCGAUCAUUCAUCGAAAGGAGACACUUGAUUUCGAAUUUGACCAAUUGAGAUAUCAGGAAACAAUAUUCUGAAUUUAUUCAUUCGAAGUGAAUUCUUAGCCUAUUUCUGUAUUCUUUCUAGAUUCAAAGACUAACCACAAAAUAAAAAAUAAAAUAGAUUCAUAAGUUCGAUACCUUGUAUAAAACUCAUGUGUGUAAGAAAUAUUCGAUCGCAUAGAGUGUACGAAUGGGUUGAUUAACAAUUCACAGAUGAAAAAAUGGCAAAAAAGAAAGCAUUCACUCCUCUUUUCUAUCUUGCAUCUAUAGUAUUUUUGCCCUGGUGGAUUUCUUUCUCAGUUAAUAAAUGUCUGGAAUCUUGGGUUACUAAUUGGUGGAAUACUGGGCAAUCCGAAAUUUUUUUGAAUAAUAUUCAAGAAAAGAGUCUUCUAGAAAAAUUCAUAGAAUUAGAGGAACUCCUCUUCUUGGACGAAAUGAUCAAGGAAUACUCGGAAACACAUCUCGAAGAGUUUGGGAUAGGAAUCCAUAAAGAAACGAUCCAAUUAAUCAAGAUACAAAAUGAGAAUCGUAUCCAUACGAUUUUGCACUUCUCGACAAAUAUCAUCUGUUUUAUUAUUCUAAGCGGGUAUUCAUUUUUGGGUAAUGAAAAACUUGUUAUUCUUAACUCUUGGGCUCAGGAAUUCCUAUAUAACUUAAGUGACACAGUAAAAGCUUUUUCUAUUCUUUUAUUAACUGAUUUAUGUAUCGGAUUCCAUUCACCCCACGGUUGGGAAUUAAUGAUUGGCUCUAUCUAUAAAGAUUUUGGAUUUGUUCAUAAUGAUCAAAUUAUAUCUGGUCUUGUUUCCACCUUUCCAGUCAUUCUCGAUACAAUUUUUAAAUAUUGGAUUUUCCGUUAUUUAAAUCAAAUUUUCGCGAUCAAUGAUUGGACCAUGCAAACUAGAAAUGCUUUUUCUUGGCUAAAGAAACAGAUUACUCGAUCUAUUUCCGUAUCGCUCAUGAUAUAUAUCUUAACUCGGACAUCCAUUUCAAGUGCAUAUCCCGUUUUUGCACAGCAGGGUUAUGAAAAUCCACGAGAAGCGACUGGGCGUAUUGUAUGUGCCAAUUGCCAUUUAGCUAAUAAGCCCGUGGAGAUUGAGGUUCCACAAGCGGUACUUCCUGAUACUGUAUUUGAAGCAGUUGUUCGAAUUCCUUAUGAUAUGCAACUGAAACAGGUUCUUGCUAAUGGUAAAAAGGGGGGGUUGAACGUGGGGGCUGUUCUUAUUUUACCGGAGGGGUUUGAAUUAGCUCCUCCCGAUCGUAUUUCUCCCGAGAUGAAAGAAAAGAUUGGCAAUUUGUCUUUUCAGAACUAUCGCCCCAAUAAAAAAAAUAUUCUUGUGAUAGGCCCUGUCCCUGGUAAAAAAUAUAGUGAAAUAACCUUCCCUAUUCUUUCCCCGGACCCUGCUACUAAGAAGGAUGCUUACUUCUUAAAAUAUCCUAUAUACGUAGGCGGGAACAGGGGAAGGGGUCAGAUUUAUCCCGACGGCAGCAAGAGUAACAAUACAGUUUAUAAUGCUACAGGAGCAGGUAUAGUAAGCAAAAUCAUACGAAAAGAAAAAGGGGGAUAUGAGAUAACCAUAACGGAUGCGUCGGAGGGACGUCAAGUGGUUGAUAUUAUCCCUCCAGGACCAGAACUUCUUGUUUCCGAGGGCGAAUCUAUCAAAUUUGAUCAACCAUUAACGAGUAAUCCUAAUGUAGGCGGAUUUGGUCAGGGAGAUGCAGAAAUAGUACUUCAAGAUCCAUUACGUGUCCAAGGACUUUUGUUCUUCUUGGCAUCUGUUAUUUUGGCACAAAUCUUUUUGGUUCUUAAAAAGAAACAGUUCGAGAAGGUUCAAUUGGCCGAAAUGAAUUUCUAGAUUCGCAGAUUUAUCGAUAUCAAGUUCGUAAAAAGAACCAAAUUCUUGUUGGCGAUUAUUUAUGAUCAAAAAAAUGAAAUUAUGAAAACUCCUUUGUCUUAUUUAUACUCUUCUUCAAAAUCUACAUACUAUGUGGUACAAGGGAUUCCCAGCAUCUCGUAGAAAAAGAGUAUGUAAUGUAGAAUUUGAAGAAGAGUAUUUGACUUUCAUUAUUUUGAUUUCGUUUUUUUUCAUUGGAGUAGUGUGACUAUGUUACUAUUGACAGAUUUCACUGCCAUAAGGCCAUAAGACGUAUCAAUAGUUUUCUAUUCUAAAUAGAAAGAAAGUCAAAUUUGUCUAAAUACUAGACAUAAGGAAGCGGGGGAUAAAUGCGGGGAACAAAAAAUUCUAGGAGGGAUUAUUUGUCUUCCUAGUCUUCGACACAAGAAAGGGGUGUAGAAAAAUCCUUUUUUCUUGUGUCGAAACGAAAGAGUAAUGAUUCUUGAUCCUGUUUGUUAAAAAUUCCUAGUCUUGGUUUCUAUUUUUCCAGAUGUAUCAGAAACCCUUUACCUUACCCCCUUACGUAUAAUAUACGACGUGGUGGACAAACAAAAAAAGAGAGGAAAUUUUAUUAAUUAAAUAAAACUUCUUCAAUCAACUUAUCUUAUACAAAAAUUGAUGAUGAAAUAUGAAAACAAUAAAAAAUAAAUAGAGUAAUGUAAUAGAGAGAGUAAGGUUCUACAUUAGAUUAGUAUAGAAAGGAUUUGCACGAUAUUUAAUAUAUUCUA